UAUGCUUGCCCUAUUAUUUCUUUGAGAUCCUUGUUUGUUAGAUUUGAAUAAUUUGAUAACUAAUGGGAAUAAAUCAUGGAUGUUAUUGUGUCUAUGCAUAUGCUAGUCUAACAUGGCUUUUACAGCUUGAAAAGUGCAGGAUGUUAAUUGAAAUUGCUGGAAAUUACUUAGAUGAAGGGGCAAAUCCUUUCCAUGGAGUUGAGGUGUGCAAUGAAGUUUUGGAAGGGCAUGGUAGUGAAAUUGGAUCCAUGAUGAGGCAUGAGCCUCUUUGCAUACUUGCUGCCUUAUUGCUUAAGAUUGUUAUUGUUGGAGAUGAUUGUGCAUUGCCUCCACCUCAAGGCAUAGCUGGAUGAAGAGGUUUGGCAGGCCCUAUUCUUGUUCACAAGGUUCUCUGUUUCUUCCUUUUCCUCCUUACAUAUAUGCAUGUAGGGGCCUUUCUUGCAUAUGCACUUACAUGCUCACGCUUUAGGCCUUUUCUGCUAUUACUUAUUCCAGUGAAAAUUUAUCUUUGUAUUGGUUGAUUUAAUUUUUUAUGUCUUUAUCCUUUCAUAUAUGUCUGAACUGUUCUUACACUAAAUUUAGUUCUGAUUAUGCAUGUGGAGUUGGAAAGUCAGGUUGCUGGAGCUAGCUGCUGCUGCUGGCCUUUCCCUUUCUUAAGUUACUCUGUUGCUGCAGAAGCAAAACGUGCAUCUGAAAUGGUCGGGACGAUGGGUGUUGCCUUAUCUGUUUGUACACUGCCUGGGCAGGUUUCAUCAAGUUGUCUGGGUUCUGGAAAAAUGGAACUUGGUCUUCAGAUUGUGAGUUAUUUUCAAAACGACAUCUUAUGCAUGAAGUAAUUAGUGGUGAAUAUAAAGUUCAUUAAAAUG